UGAUCAUCACAGCAAGAUGGCAUCGGGUCUUUUAUUCUGUGUGAUCCUCUGUUUGACCAGUGGACUGUGGACUGGAGCAAAUGCUCAAGGUCCAGAAGAAGGUGGAUGCCCUUCUCCAUGGAGACAGUUUCGUGACAGGUGCUACGUGGUCAGGUUAAGUGAAUUGGCAUGGGAUGAUGCACAGGCGGCCUGCGCUGCUGCGGGUGGGGAAUUGGCCAAAAUAGACACCGAAGCCGAAAGGGACUUUGUUAAAGAAAUGGUUAAAAAGGGGGCUGGCUCAAACAGAGAAGCUUGGAUUGGACGAGUUAGUUCAGCAAAGGUACUAGAAUCCCCCUCCCCGUCGGGGCGUUACGAGGAGCUUCUUAACUGUGUAGAUGGGGCCUGGAGGUGGUUCGAUUGUGGGUGGAAUGACCAGAGAGAGCAAGAGAGAGGUACCAGUGGGCUUCCUCCGCCCACAAACCUGGGUGCCAACUUUCGGGAGUGCACAUGGAGAGGGAUUUUCUUCGUUGACAGCCAGACCUUCUGGCCCUGGGAAUACUGA